GGAGCCGUUGGUUUCUAUCCCUAUUACUACCUAUGGUUUGUGCGACUCCUAUACCCUCUGACACUAUUAAAAGUGGACGAAGAGAGCGGUGAAGUGAUCCGUCAGAAGAAUGGCUUAUGUAUAUCAACAGAACCGGGAGAGGUUGGAGAGGUGGGCGCCCGCAUCAUAGACUCGAGUCCUAUCAGCCAUUUUGACGGUUACACCAAUCAAACGGAGACCAAAAAGAAGAUCAUAUCCAAUGUGUUCAGAAAGGGUGACAAAGCGUUUCUAUCGGGAGAUCUUCUUCGCAUGGAUUCCGACGGUUUCCUCUACUUUGUCGACCGGACGGGCGAUACCUAUAGAUAUAAGGGGGAGAACGUGUCGACCGCCGAAGUGGAGGCAGUCAUACAAAAAGUGACACAACUGUCGGAUUGUGUGGUAUUUGGUGUGGAAGUGAACGGUUUGGAAGGGAAGGCCGGUAUGGCUGUGAUCGCAUCCCAAGACCAUGAGAUCAAUUUAAUGCAAUUGUCGGUCAGUCUCCGCAAACAACUGCCUCCAUAUGCGGUGCCGGUGUUUGUCCGCAUUACUGAUCGGAUUGAGAGCACCGGCUCUUAUAAGUUGCUGAAGAAUAGCUUUAUUAAAACCGGAUUCUGUCCCAACUCUACCACUGAUUGCAUUUACUUUUACGAUAAUAUUCACACAAAGUCAUACAUUUUGCUCGACUCUAAGCUAUACGAAGACAUUACGUGUGGAAAGAUUAGGAUUUAA